CAAGCACCAACCAUCACGAAGUACCAUGGUUGCCGCGGAAGCGCACGCUACUGUCGCCGUCGACGUGGCGGAGGACGAGGUCCACUGGUCCAAAGCAGACUACAACAUCGAUCUCGACCCUCAAGUCCGUCGCAACCUCGCGACUUGCGGCAUCCAUUCUUUUUUUCCAAUUCAGCAUGUGACGAUUCCAAAGAUUCUCGCCACGGGAUACACCAAGGACUUGUGCAUCAACGCCCCCACGGGUAGCGGCAAAACGAUGGUGUAUGUGCUACCCAUUGUCCAGCGUCUAGUUUCGCGCGUGGUCCGUCGAUUGCGCGCCGUCGUUGUUGUUCCAUCGCGCGAUUUGGUCGUCCAGGUGAAGAAAGUGUUCGAUGCCCUUAUUGCUGGCACGCCUCUCACAUGCGGCGUGGCGAUGGGUCAAUCCAACUUCUCAACAGAGCAACAGCACUUGAUCGGACCCGAUGGGCUCAGUCUCGUGGACAUCCUUGUGGCCACACCCGGUCGGUUGGUGGACCACAUCGAGCAAACCCCGCAUUUCACCCUGCAACACGUGCAGUUUGUUGUGGUGGACGAAGCCGAUCGCCUUUUGAAUCAGUCGUACCAAGACUGGAUUACAAAGCUAUACCACAGCAUCUACGUGACCGAAACCAGUGUCGAAAACUUGGUCGCGGGUGCAUCCUUGCACCCUUCAACAAUCCGCCGGGCGGACGGCAAGAACCCCCACCGCAUCCGCAUUCCGCUCAUUCGCAUCUUGCUUUCCGCGACUCUGACGCGGAACCCUCGGAAACUCGCCGCCAUCGGCAUGCCCCACGCUGAACUCAUCACAGUCAACGACGCGUUGGACGACAAUUUGUUUGCUACGCCGGCGAAUUUGGACGAAAGCAUGAUUGAAUGUGACAGUACAGAGAAGCCACUGGUGCUGCUCGAGCUGCUGCACACGUUCGAGUCGCAGCUCACGAUUGUAUUUACUUCGUCGAUCAAUGCGACGCAUCGUCUGUGCCGUCUGCUGCAGCUCUUCUCGUCGGAGCCGCAGAGCGUGCGGGAGUACUCCAGUGGUCUUACUCAAAAGCAGCGAUCGCAACUCGUCCAGCAAUGCAAGAAUGGUGCGAUCAAGGUCGUGGUGUGCUCGGAUGCCAUGGCCCGCGGUAUGGACAUUGCCCACGUCAGCAACGUCAUCAACUACGACGUCCCUCCGUACCUCAAGACGUACAUCCAUCGCGUGGGGCGCACGGCCCGCGCCGGUCGUGCCGGGCGAGCGAUUACCUUGGUCAAGCGAGGUCAAACAAAGGGACUGUCCCGCAUGCUCGCCAAGGCAAAGAAGUCGGAGCUGCAGUCGUAUGCGUACGAUAUAAACCACAUGAAGACCCUCGUGCCUCGGUACACGGCAUGCUUGGCGUCGCUGAAGGAAACCCUUGCCAAGGAGAAAGCGGGUCACUUGGCCAUCACGACCAAAGUGUCGUUGAAGCGGUCCGUCGACUCGAUUGACGACAACGAUGAAGCCGAUGCAAAUUUGGAAAGCGUUGUCCAGUGGACGCGAGACCAAGUCAAGCAAAAGCUCCUCGAGCAACUCCAGCGACGCAUUGCACCUUAAUGGAAUCUUUUCAUGUUGUUGUGGA